AUGUUUUACAAGACAGAAGAAAACAAUCACGGCCUUCCUUAUGAUCCUUUCAAGGCCUGUGUUGUCCCUCGGCCUAUAGGAUGGAUCUCAACAGUAUCUGCAGAUGGAAAAGAUAAUCUUGCACCCUUCAGCCAAUUCACCAACGUCACUUACGAUCCACCAAUGGUGAUUUUCAGUGCCAAUAAUGCUUUGGGGGGUGGAAGAAAAGAUACAGUGAGCAACAUCCAGGCAACCAAAGUUUUCUGCUGGCAGGUCGCGACCUAUGAUUUGCGUGAAGAAGUCAAUAAGACAGCCGAGAUGCUUGCCCCUGAGGUGGACGAGUUUGAAAAGGCUGGACUGCAGAAGACAUGGUCGCAAAGCCUCAAAACUCCGGUUCCCAUGGUGGCUGCCUCGCCGGUGCGGUUCGAAUGCGAAUACGUCCAAACAAUUCAAAUCCCCGGAAACCCGCCGUUUGGUACCGUUGACCUCGUCAUAGGACGUGUUGUGGGCGUUCACAUCGAUGAAUCUGUGUUGACGGAUGGGAAAGUCGACGUAGCAAAGACGAACCCUAUUUCUCGGCUUGGCUAUUACGAGUAUGGCGUAAUUGGCAAAACAUUCGAAAUGGUAAUUCCUGGUGAUAAGACAAUCCUAGCUGGGCUUGAGGGAAGCCCUGUGAAGAGCCGAGAUGCCGUUAGUGCUAAAACCGACGAGAAAAAGGAGAGAGAUACCGCUAAAGAUGUAGGGAACUAA